AGUCACCAGUCUACCAAUAUUUUCAUCUGAUAGGACUCAGCAGAAGUGUUCUGUCAAUUUACAUGGGGCACAUUUCUACAGACUUCAUGGACUCUCAAAUGAAAUUAAUGCAAAUUAGGUUUACAUCAGAGACCAAAGUUCUUCAUUAAAUAGGAGUGCAACCACACUGUUAAAGUUUACGUGGGUUUGAACAAUAAAGUUCAUUUGUAGAUGUACAUGUGCUGAAGUGAAACUGUAGUAAUUGUUAAUUUUAGCUCAGAGUGGUUUCACAAGAGCUGUGUUACAGAUAAUGUAUUGAUCAAGCAAGAAAAUGUCAGAGAAACAUACAGAGGGCAGCAAGCUGUGGGGUGGCAGGUUCACGGGCGCCACUGACCCUGUGAUGGAGAGGUUCAAUCAGUCUCUGACCUACGACCGGCGUAUGUGGGCGGCAGACAUACGCGGCAGUCAGGCCUACGCAAGGUGUAUUCGCUCUGCAGGACUGAUAACUGAGCAGGAGUGCCAGGCUAUUGUAGUUGGACUAAAGAAAGUUGGUGAUGAGUGGGAGCAGGGUGUGUUUGAAGUGAAGCCUGGAGAUGAGGACAUUCACACAGCCAAUGAGCGCAGACUCAAGGAGCUGAUUGGCGAGCCAGCUGGUAAGUUGCACACUGGGAGGAGUCGCAAUGACCAGGUUGCCACGGAUACACGACUGUGGUUGCAGGAUCACAUGCAGAACAUGAAAGCCUUCCUUCUGCAGAUUAUACAGGUCAUGAUGGGCAGAGCUCAAAGUGAGAUGUCUGUGCUGUUGCCGGGUUACACCCACCUGCAGAGAGCCCAGCCUAUACGCUGGAGUCACUGGAUACUGAGCUACUGUUGGAUGCUGCAGCGUGACUUCACUCGUCUCUCGGAGCUAGGUGCUCGGGUGAAUGUGUGUCCCCUGGGGAGUGGGGCCCUGGCUGGCAACCCCUUCAGUGUUGACAGACAUGCACUGGCCACUGAUCUUGGAUUUGAAUCAAUUUCACACAACAGUCUUGAUGCAGUCAGUGACCGGGAUUUUAUUGUUGAGUUUCUCUCCUGGGCCAACUUGCUGUGCAUACAUCUCAGUCGCUGGGCAGAGGAUCUGAUACUCUACAGCAGCAAGGAGUUUGGCUUUGUUAUGCUCUCUGAUGCAUAUAGCACUGGCAGCAGUCUGAUGCCUCAAAAAAAGAAUGCAGACAGCCUGGAGCUCAUCAGAGGGAAAUGUGGCAGGGUCUUUGGUCAUUACUGUGGCUUCCUUAUGACCAUGAAGGGCGUUCCCAGCACUUACAACAAGGAUCUACAGGAAGACAAGGAGGCACUGUUUGAUGUCUAUGACACACUUGAGGGGAUUUUACAGGUUGCUAAUGGUGUCAUAGCAACUCUUAAGAUUGACUCUGCCAAGAUGAGAGCAGCCCUGAGCCCAGAUAUGUUGGCAACCGACUUGGCAUACUACAUGGUCAGAAGAGGGAUAGCUUUUCGCACAGCCCAUGGCUUAUCAGGCGCCUGUGUAGCUCUAGCGGAGAAGAAGGAAUGCAGUUUGGACAAACUUACAUUGGAAGACUUCAAAUCUGUAAGCCCCCAUUUUGAGGCUGAUAUUCUGCAGAUUUGGAACUACGAGACCUCUGUGGAUCAGUACAGUGUUUAUGGGGGAACAGGGCAGACCAGCGUGGAGCGGCAGAUACACAACCUACAGCAGUGGCUGGACACCCAGGGGGGUCAGGAGCAAUAGUGGGCUGUGGCUGGACACCCAGGGGGUCAGGGGCAAUAGUGGGCUGUGGCUGGACACCAAGGGGGGUCAGGGGCAAUAGUGGGGUAUGCUCAGAGUCCUUCUUUUGUGUAUAUGAGCGAAAAGGUCCUGGGGGUUUGGUGUAAAUCUAGAACUUGUUGUACAGCAGGAGAGAGGUUCUAUGGCACUAGUGCUGGGAUUGGCGUGUAAUAAAAUAGAUACACUGUGACAUAUAAACGGAUUAUAUAAAUAGAGUGCAGGGUUUGUGGGUUAUCCUUCAUAAUAGUUGUGCAUCCAUUGUGUUCAAGAUGUUUGUACCUCAUGGGGUACUUAGUUACCUCCCAAUUUAAACUGCUGUGUUAACUUUUUUUAUUGCUUACGAUGGCAAAGUGCAAAGCAUCAUUUCAAUGUUUUAAUUUUUCAUCCAUUAAUUUUUCUGUUUUAUUGAUAUUGAAAAUGUGUAUCUACUUCAGAAAGAAUACAAAUGUCUUUUAA